GACGAUUUCGCGCCGAACAUCGAUCUCCUCGUUCGUCAGUCGCACUCUUAAACAUCACCAUUUAAGGCUAUAUCCGAACCUCUUACUCAAAAUGGGAGGUGGUCCCAGAGUCCGCUACCCGAAGCACGUCUGGUCACCGGCUGGUGGCUGGUACUCUCAACCCGCAAACUGGAAAACCAAUACCGCGAUAAUUGGCGCUGUCAUGUUCGGUGUCGCUGCCAUGGCCUUUAGCGUUUCUGCGGAUAGAGAAGUCCGUACCAAAUUUCCGGAACAAGGGAGAUUUUUCCCGAGUCGAUGGUGGAGCAAACAAAUCGGUGAACACGAAAAGGAAUCGGCUGCGGCAAGCAAGUCAUGAAGAAAAAUGACGGGGAGGUUCAUUUGGGUUGAUGAUCUUUGUGCAUUAUACAUACAUUCUUCCUCUUGGCGUUGAUUCAAUGGGAUUAGAUACACAUACUAUUAUCAAUCGAUCAAACAAUCGAUCAAGCAAUUGAAUUUCUUUUUUGUAUUUCUGAGGCUUUGGCAAAGUUGUGAGCGAGUUGCUUCGUAUAUAGACGGAUCCGUUCAGUAUAACUUUCACCAUUCCACGACUCCUCUCCUCCGUCGGAAUGGGAUAUAUUCGGCAUCCCUACUUGUUCGAUUACAAAGCUAGCCGCCACUGUGGCACAAAUCAAUGCUACCGGAAUCCGCCCUUGCUCACCCCAUGAAUUGGCAAUGGAAGCCCAUUCUACAGAUUCUCCAAGUGUUGAUCUGACAACUCUGAGCGGUUUUGUGUCAUUGCUAACAAGGGACUGAGCUAGGGCUCCAAGAAACGCAUUUCCGGCGCCUGUUGGAUCAACGACGUUCGCCCCGUGGUAUGCCGGAAUAUGCAAAGAGAGAUCCCGGGAGAAUGCAUAACAGCCGUCCUUCCCUGCUCUCACCACGAGCAUUCCAUUUCCGUCUUGCCCAAUUCCAGAUUUCACUAUGUCGUCUGCUAUGGCUUGGUCCCCACCAUUUCUAGCAUUCCAUGAUUCAUUGCCAAACAUAUUAGCCAACUCAAGAUCAUUGGGGCUGACCACGUCCACCUGUUUCAAAGCCUUAUAGAACAUUGGAAGCUCCUCUGGGCGACACAAAUCUGGCACAGGCUCCCACACAAAAAUUGGACGCCGCUCAGCAAUAGGCUGUUCAACCUCUUUGCGUUGCGAAAUUCUUUCCCGCCUCUGAAGAAUUCCCUCGAUAAUCUGACAGCAGCGUUCAGGGGAGCAGACCAUGUGAAAUGUUUUGGAAAAUACUUGAGAGUCCGAAAGCGAGCUAUGAUGUAAGCGAAGUUUUGGUGUAAGAUACCGGAAGUCUUUUUUUUUU